UGCCUCAGUGCAAAAUGAUGUCAUGGAUCCCGAUGAUAUGCCUCUAAAGCACCUAGUCCAUAAUGGGGAUGCUGAUUGGGACAACAUGGAUGCCUCCUUUGCCUCAGUGCAAAAUGAUGUCAGUGAUCCUGAUGAUGAUAUCCCGCUUAAGCACCUAGUACAUAAUGGUUCCUACAGCAAGAUGAGUAAGCAGCCAAGCAAACGUGUGGCAGAUAGUGCCAUAUCCCUGAAGCAUGUGCCUGCUAAGAAGUCUUCCAAAGAUAUGAGCACUGACUACACAAAAUGCAUCAUAUGCCAACAAGAGUCUUUGAUGAGUCUAUACUUCAUCCAGUUAACAACAUAUUCAAAGCUUAUACAAGCCAUGUUCGCUCGACAAGAUGAAGUGUUUAACAGAAUUCACACCGAGUCAGCAUCAGAAACCUGGUUGGAGGAAAAUGCACCAAGGUGGCAUGCAAAAUGUCGUAACUGGUACAUACAUGAGAAAGGCUACCAGUGUGCUGAAAAGAAACGUCUUGCUGAUAACCAGAGUACAGAAGGUGAGUCUCAUGCAGGAUGCAGCUCAUCGCAGUCGAAGCAACCUGUCAAGUUAACCCGUCAGAACACUGAGAGCUUUGAAGCAAAGAAGACAUGUAUAAUUUGCAAUAAGAAGUGGAAGUUGAAGGGAAAGGGGCCAGUGUGUAAGGUAUCAACAAAGAGCAGUCAAAUGUCGAUUGAGGAGAGGGCAAGGAAGCUGGGCAAAGAUGACAUAUUACAGAGGCUGAUUGGGCAGGGACAUGAUACGAUUGCCAAUGAUAUAACCUAUCAUUCAACAUGUAUGAACAAAUUCAAGGCUCUUCGCAUUCAUUCUGGUCAGCCAAAAUUAAACCCUUAUGAUGUUGCAUUCAGCCGACUAGUAGAUGAGCUGGAAGCUCCUCUUUUCCAUGAUCCGUCCGGAUUCCUCGUAGAAUCACUCCGCGAUAGGUACCGAGACAUUCUUAUGGAGCUUGGUGUCGAUAAAGGAAAUCAAUACCGGGCGACUGUCUUGAAACAGAAGUUACAGGAUCACUAUGGGUCACGUAUUUCAGUCCUCGAUCAAACAAAAGGUUCGGGAUUACAUAUUAAAACGAUAUUGUCUUGA